AUGGAGGUCAAGGAUCUGCAUAUCAUUCUGGCCAAUCCUUCAUUCCUUCUGCUGCGGUUCACAGAUGAUACGUUUGACCCAGAACUUGCAGCAACAAUUGGUGUGGACUUCAAGGUGAAAACUAUUUCAGUUGAUGGAAACAAAGCUAAACUAGCAAUAUGGGAUACUGCAGGUCAGGAGCGCUUCAGAACAUUAACACCCAGUUACUAUAGAGGUGCACAAGGUGUUAUUCUAGUUUAUGAUGUCUCGAGAAGAGAUACUUUUGUAAAACUGGAUAACUGGUUAAAUGAACUGGAAACGUACUGCACAAGGAAUGACAUAGUGAAAAUGCUAGUUGGAAACAAGAUUGAUAAGGAAAACCGUGAAGUUGACAGAAAUGAAGGUCUGAAAUUUGCAAGAAAACAUUCCAUGUUGUUCAUAGAGGCAAGUGCAAAAACAUGUGAUGGUGUACAGUGUGCCUUUGAAGAACUUGUUGAAAAAAUCAUUCAAACUCCUGGACUGUGGGAGAGUGAGAGCCAAAACAGAGGUGUAAAGUUAUCACACAAGGAAGAAGGAUAUGGAGGAGGAGGAACAUGUGGUGGAUAUUGUUCUAUGUUAUAAACUUUGGGAAGCUUAUUCUUUACAUAUAUAAAGAGCUAGUGACAUCUUUCUGUACAUAUAUUCAUUAAUUGCUAUUUUUAGGGACCUUGCAGUUUGCACAUACUUGUUUUGUAUCAUGGCAGUGAAGACUUGUAGGAAAAACGUUCUGCAGCUUUUCCAGUUUGAAGAUGUUAUGGUAAGCAUGCCCAAUUUGCAAUCUUCAGGUUUUUAUAAGUAGCAUAAAUAAUGUGCAAGAACAAAUGCACUUAAAAAUUUUACAACUCUAUACAUUCAUCAUGGUACUAACUAUUCUAAGAAAUCCAUCCAACAAAAACACGAUUGCAUUGUCUGCUGCGUCUUGUUUUAAAAUACUCUUGAAAUUAUAGAACUAUAUAGUGUGCACAGAUCUUGAAAACAGUGUGAGCUAUAAAUGGUACAUUUCAUUACUUCUAGUAAAUGCUUUUUUAUUGUAUUAAAACCAGCAAGAUUAUAUACUACUUGGACAAAUCUGCUAAAUUUUUGUCUUUCAUCAGAACUGUCUAAAAUACAAAUUGGCACAGGCCAUAGGAUCAGCACCUUCUUGAAGAGAUGCUUGGAAUGCUUCCUUUGCAAAGCUGGGGUACACCUUUUCUUUUUAUUCAUCACUUCAGUUGAUGGCUUAACUGGAGUUUUAGUCCUGUGAUAUUUAUAUAUUAAAUUUGUGGUUCUCUUGCAUUGAGUUUUUAUGAUGCAGUCUGCUCUAGAUUUGCUGUAGAAAGUUUUCAUUUUUGGCAAGGAAUCUGAAUGACAUCUUUGUUCUUUCAUUGUCAAUCAAUUUGCCACACUUCAGUAGGGAUGCCUAGUUUUCUGAAAUGUUUGUAAUGUAACUGUCUCAAACUGUAGCUCACUGUGACUGUGAAGAUCUCGAUCAUAUUUUUGUUUGUGUGGCUACUUGUUCAGAAAUAAAACUUUGUCACAGACACUAAAUGGGAAGCUGUAUGGCUUCUUGAUCUCUGUAUGGAAAAUACUACUGCAAUGAGUAUUCACUUGAAUUUACUGUAUCAAAACCAAUGGUUUGUUUCAGAAGACUUGUAUAGACUAAUAAAUUUUUUUCCAUAGUA